UGACCCCUAAAGCUCAUGACGUAAUUUCCCCAAGACUGUAGAGGGAAAGAGGAAACGGCAUUUCUCUCGUGUUAAUUUUGCAGAGAGCCAGAAAGGGAAAAAAGAAAGAAAGAAGGAGAAGCAAAGAAAGAGAGAAAAAUAGAUCAGGGGCGAUUUAGGUCCUAACUCCCGUCGCCAGAUCGGAGGACCAAAAAAAACGGGAAUAUUGAUAUCGAUCUUUUAGCGAUCUAGCCGGCUGGCUAACUUCUACAUUUAUUUCUCAUUAGUCGGCUAGCUGGGUGUUUUAUCAGUGGACGUUUCUUAUAAAAGUCCCACACGGAGAACAGUUAUUUGGUAAAAGCGCUGUAUCUAGUUGCACGGAGAAGGUCGCUUUAAUACAACAAUAUGGGGAGAAAGUCGAAUCGAGCAAAAGAGAAGAAGCAGAGGCGGCUGGAGGAGCGUGCCGCGAUGGACGCCGUCUGCGCCAAAGUAGAGGCUGCCAACAAGCUGGAAGAUCCUCUGACUGCUUUUCCCGUAUUCAAGAAGUACGACAGAAACGGACUGAAUCUACAGAUAGAAUGCAAGCGCGUCUCUGCCUUGGCCCCUAGCGCUGUGGAAUGGGCCUAUCAGCUCACCAGGGCCAACAUGCAAAGCCUCUACGAGCAGAGCGAAUGGGGAUGGAAGGAGCGGGAGAAGAAGGAGGAGAUGAAGGACGAGAGGGCGUGGUACCUGUUGGCGCGCGACGCCGACUCCACCCCCGUGGCGUUUUCCCAUUUCCGGUUCGACGUGGAGUGCGGCGAGGAAGUGCUGUACUGUUAUGAAGUGCAGCUGGAGAGCCGCGUCAGAAGAAAAGGACUUGGCAAGUUCCUGAUCCAGAUCUUACAGCUAAUCGCCAACAGCACACAGAUGAGGAAGGUGAUGUUGACGGUCUUCAAACACAAUCACGGUGCAUAUCAGUUCUUCAGGGAAGCCUUACAGUUUGAGAUUGAUGAGACCUCGCCCAGCAUGUCCGGUUGCUGCGGAGACGACUGUUCCUAUGAGAUUCUGAGCCGACGGACGAAAUACGGGGAGGUCGGGGGUCACAGCCACAGUGGGGGCCACUGCGGGGGGUGCUGCCACUGAAGUAAUAGGGGUUCGGGAGAGUUCCUGUUUCUUUUAAGGAUUUGAAAACUGCCCCCUACCCCACUUGGAACCAGGAACCCGUUUAAAGAGAUCUCCCAACAUUUAUAUGAACUAGGUCUCCACACAGUCCGUGAUAGUGUAGUAUUUGAAGACGCCACAAAGCCGCUGUGUCACUAUUCCCAAAGAAAAGCUCUGUUGGAAUUCAGGGGCAUGUCAGAGUCUAGCGAUAUAAUAUAUUCGAAAUAAACAAAUUGUACAGAAAUACAGUUGCCCCAAUUUUUUUCAAAUGGGACAACGUUCUUGUACAUAAGACUGUCCUCGAGAUUUUUUUUCUUUUUAAAUUGCAUUUUGCGAACACACAGGGCCCACACUUGUCAUUUUGCUUAUGACAAAUUUAAAACUGGAAGUGCAUUAAACUUCAGGGCUGGAAUUUGCAGUUACUGCAUUUUGCAGUCCAUUCGGAUUAUGAAGCACUUGAGGGUAAAUAUGAUUGAAAGGGUAACUAUGGUUACGUAACUUUAGAAUCGCCGAUGUUCCUGAUGUUCUGUUAUUUUGCCAGUUUUACUACUAUAAAUAUUUAUCUCUCAGGUUACGAAAAUGGACUGUGUCAGUCUCUCAGUGUUUUUCCCAGUGGGGGGGGGGGGGUGGUUAGAUGUUUUGUGGAUUUCAAACUGAGGGUUGGAAAAGUGAGGGUUUGGCUCUAUCUUACUUUAUGGAGAUUAAAAGCUGUCGUCCUUCUCCUUUGAUUAUUUUUUUUGGGUUAUUAUAUGAUGAUGUUGCUAUCCCAUGGUCAUCCUUGAUCCCCCACCAUAUUAUAUACCUCCUUUGGGUAUUUUUUUUUUUUUGGGGGGGGAGGGGGAUGGGGGGGUCACUGAUAUUAAGUGAAAUAUUUCCUGCAGACAAAUUAGCAUUGAACGUGUGAGGUGUAAGAGAUAAUUAAUGCAGUCCUGUGCUUUUUAGUUUUGUGUAAAAAGGGAAACGGUAACAUUUCUGCCUUGUUAGUGUUUUUAUUUGUAUGUUAUAAAUAAAAGGAAGCCUGUUUGGCUGA